UCUGUUUAUGCAUUUCUUCCGUGUCUUUUUUGAGGUUGCUUAAAGCCGCUAUGGAAUAGUUGACUGCAGACAGAAACAGACGGGACAGAAAUACCGAGACAAAAAGAAAAAGUUAGAAUAGUAGAACCUGGGAAAUCCCAUAGGAGAAGAGGACUGCUUCUUGUGUGUAUCCUCGUAGUGCUGGGAUGGCUGGAGUCUGGCGCUGCGUGUUGCCAGUGGUGAUGCUGAUGUUUGUGUGUCUGUGGGGUUCUGCUGAGGCUGUUGGGGGGGCUAGGAGUCGACCGCGACUACAAAGACGACCUCCCAAGAAGCCGAAAGUCGACCCGGUUGACUUGAUCCCAGCUGCACAGAACAUAGACAUACAACAGAUGACGGGAACAUGGUACCUGCUGAACACGGCCUCCAAAUGCUCCUACCUGAUAAAUCAUGGGACGAAGGUGGAGCCCACCGUCGUGACCCUCACGCUUUCCCCCGAACAAACAUUAUCUGUUAGCACCAAAACACGACGUAAUCACCAGUGUUGGGAAAUAUUACAGGUCUACAAUUUAACACCAACCCCAGGCAAGCUAAAACUUAAAGGAGCUCGUCCUGAGCUGGACACUGAGAUAGUGAUUGGAGAGGUGGUCUACGACUCCUAUGCGAUCAUGUACUACCAGAAACGGGGCCAGAUCACCAUGAAGCUCUAUGGUCGGUCUGUAGACAAUCUGUCCGAGCCGAUGUUGACCAAGUUUGAGCAGCUUGCUGAAAAACAGGGUUUGGGCCUGGCAUACCUCUUCCCCUUCCCCACCUACAGUCACUGCGGUAAAGUGGACCAGAACCAUGUAAUCAACUGUGUCCCCGUAUGCUGAGGAGCUGACCGGUCCAGCCUGGCAGGGGCCCAAAGUUCACAAACAAAUAUCUGAGGAUUGUAUCAUUUAGAAUAUUUUUGUUAUAAAAGACUGCAACACAGUCUUAUAUUGUAAAACCUGAAAUGUUACCAGUUACAGAUGAAUAAAGCCAAAUGAGCAGAA